AUGGCUCCAGAAUCCCACGGUCGAGCGGGCCUGCCCGUCAAUGGCCUCUUCUCAGAUAACGACGACACGAGCAUGCCGCCACCGUCCACUCUGGCUGCCCAGCUGGUUGGCAAUUUCUCCAACUCAACCAGGACCGCUGCGCGUUCAGAUGAAACGCAAGAACUAAAGCGGUUGUUUGCUAUCAUCGAGGAAGUGAAGGACAGCCCCGAGCUGCUCAAGACAUCUGCUGAGCGGAUCGAGCAUAACCAUAUGCUGAUCUACGUCUACACCCGAGUUGCAUUGGAUGGCCUGAAGUGGGACAAUCCAUUUGCCAGCCAGGCCACCGCGACGGCCGAAGCCCUCAAGGCGAUCAGUUUUCUCAGGGUCACUAUCAAAGAGACGCCGUCAGUGCUCAACUUUUGCUCAGAGCCGGGUGCUCUGUUACUCCGUGGCCGUGAACCGCUCUGGGUUUGGAUGCUUCCGCGGAUUCUGCGCAUGCUCGGUCAAGUCCAGUGCCUAGACCUGACCUCUGCCAUCACGAGCUUUUGCGUCUUCCUUUUCCAGAUAUCUGAUCACUCGGGUGCUCUGUGGGGCACUGUACCCCAGCUCAUUCGCUAUUAUCAAACAUGCUUUACAGCUAUUCUCAAUCGAAUUCAGGAACUCUCUCCCAAUGGGAGGGACAGCUCACUCAGCUUAUCGCUUCCACCAAGCUCGUUCCUCGCUGCUACCCUUGAUAUCUCCGAGCCCAGGCCACAUGCUUGCGUCUAUCGGCUACGGAGCCUUUCACACGCCUUACGCCAUGCUGAUAGCAUUCUCUGUAUCUUGGCAGAUUCUAUGCAGACAAAGGGUUUGGACGGCAGCGGAACUACAACGGCGAAGCUGCACAUACCAUGGGUCUUAGAUGCCUUGUUCACAUUCCACCAUGUCAAAAAAUCAUACCGUGCAUGGGUUCCCGACCUUGCUGUUUCAGCCCUCCAAAGUAUUUUCAAGUUGGUCUCGAACCACAAGGUGAUUUCUCGACUGGACACAGCCUUGACUCAAAAGGGUUACACAAUCCUCGCGAUACUCUGCAGAGAAGUCCUCGAAGAUCGGAUCCUGAGCUCGGACGACGAGCCUGGCAAUCACAAACCGACCUCUAGGUUCGUCGAGAACUCGCUUUUAGGCAUCCUUGACGAGUUGGCCAGGCAGCAUGCUGGGCUCGAGCCGUGGAGCGAUUUUCAGAAAUGCGUGCGUAUCUUACGUCUUGCAACGACAGGCCAGACCUCAUCACAGGGUCCAGAUAUCAACUUGAAAGAUUUCAAAGAUGUCGAGCUUCUGCAGUAUGCUGGCUCCUUGCAUCUUGACCUUUCUUCUCAAGAGGCUGCCCCAAGGGCUUCGCAACCCCCAUCAAAGCGCCAGAAAGUCUCUGGAGAAGCCGAUGUGCUAUCCUGUGUCAUUUCACGAACUUACGCCGUCCUUCACACAUCCCCGUCCAAUAGCACUGCUGAUUUGGAGGGACUGAUCUUGAACGGAUUCCCAAACAUGACUGAUCGCGACAGAUGCGAAGUCAUUGAUCUCCUUUCACGCAUCUCAUGUGCCGCCGAUGGCACCUUGACACAAAGGUUGUCCCACUCGAGCAAGUCAAGUGUCUUCUAUUGCGCACACUGCGUGCAGGAAGACUCUCUGGCUUCCACAUCUCCGAAGUGUGUCGAUAUUGCAGCAAAGUCCAUUGCAACCGCUAUAUUCACGAGGCUGAUCCAACUGCCCUCUUUUCUUGAAUCAAGACGUCCCCGCCUCGUUGCAAUGCUGGCCUUGCGCCGGUUUGUGUCCCACUCUAAAGACCUCGAGUUUCUGGAUAUUGAAACCUCCGGGCCCGGUCGGUGGUGCCUCCAAUCCCUGAGCAGUUCCAUUCGUGAGCUGCGCAUCGCCGCCGGGCGAGCCCUGCCGUCAUUUCUCACCUUUGCCCCGUCUAGAUCAAUCGACGACGAUCUAGUACGACGCAACAGGGCCAACAUCCUGAGUUUGCUCAAGUCUAUCUCCGACAAGAACUCGCCGUAUCUGAAUGAAUCAUGCAUAAUGGCAUGGGUGCAGGUUGGCAAAGCCGUCCCAGACGAGGAGCUCAACCUCGUGUUGAUUCAGCUUUUGGAGUUCCUUGGACACCGGAACCAAAUCGUCUCGGCCUGUGCAUUCAACGAGAUUCUCAGUUUGGCUUCCUUCCGGAAACUCACCCCGCGCAAGCUGUUCGAGCCAUUCUGGAAGAGUCUAGCCUUCUUGGCAUUGAAGGACAUGGUUGCUCGACCUCAAACCACCCGGCUUCUGGCGGAAUUGCUUCAGAUGAGUGUACAGGAUCUCGUUGUACACCUGCAAACCCAUGCAUUACCGUGGCUGGUCCUCACCAGGAAGAAGGAGGUUGUGCAAAAAAUCGCUGAUUUUCGAGGUGAAAAGGAAGCUUGGAUGCCAUGUGUGGACACCGUCAACCUAGGUUCUAUUCUCGCUCUUUUGCUGGCUCAAGAGGAGCAUCAAACAGAGCAUUUUGUGAUGACGCUGCUCAGGCACAUCUCAACACAUUUCAACGACUCCUCUCUACGGGAGCUCGUGGGAUCAGAGCCUGUGAUGACGGUACUAGAACUUCUCAAAGCGGCUGCCGAGGCUGACGACAGUCGGAGAUCUCGGGUGCGAAACGCGCUGAGCAUAGUGGCCGACCUCCUACUUACAGAGCCAAAUGAAAGCAGAAGGAAGAAAAAGGAUGUUGCUCGACUUCUCCAGCAAUACGCUCUUGGCAUCACCACCUUGUUGUCAGAAGUCAUCAAUGAUGACAGGGCCAAACACCCCCCUGUUCAGGAGCAGAGGAACUGCAUUCGCGCACUGGAGGAGAUGAUCAGAUUGUCUCGAUCACAUAUCCGGGCUGCCAGACCACAAAUUUCCGCAUUCCUACUGAACGCCCUUUCCUAUGAUCAACUGAGAUCAGCUGCUUUCUCGUGUUGGGCUACGUUGCUCAACUUUCUGGACGAGGAAGAUGUGGAGACGCUCGUCGAGACAUCUUUUUUCAUUGUCGGCAACUACUGGAACUCAUUUGACGAGUUGACGCGCGAGCAAUGCCGCAAGCUUCUGGGUUCUUUGCUGGACAGACACUCAAAGGUGUUAGCUGCAAAAAUCAACGAGUUGCCAUCCUUCGGUCGAAUUCCGGGAUUGGCUGAUAUCGAGAAGAAGCUCAGCUCGUUUCGGCAACCGUUGGAUAACAGAGACCGUUUCUCCACUUUCAUAAAGAGAGCUCAGCACGAGAAUUCAGGUGUUGUUCUGCAGGCCCUGAAUGAGCUGGCGGAUUAUCUAAGGGAGAACCAGGAGUACUUGCAGAUGUCUGCAAUGAGUGAGCAGCCUGAUCCGGUCGUCACUCAGCUGAUGCGGGUUCUCCUGGACUGCUCGGCGAAGUAUAACGGGAUCCAACCCGACAUCACACGCCUAUGCGUGGAAUGUAUCGGACUUGUCGGAUGCUUGGACUCCAACCGGCUUGAAACAGUUCGCAAGCAACGAGAAUUUGUGGUGUUGCACAACUUUGGCGAUGCCGAGGAGACAACGGACUUCGUCCUCUUCAUCCUGGAAGAAGUUCUGGUGAAGGCAUUUCUUUCAGCAACAGAUACAAACCUUCAGGGAUUCUUAUCCUAUGCUAUGCAAGAACUACUCGACAGAUGCGACUUCAGGGCUUCUGUUGCUCUUCAGCAUGGUGAAGGAGACCACAUAUACAGGAAGUACAUGUCACUUCCGGAACAUGUCCGUGAGGUGCUCACGCCAUUCAUGACUUCCCGCUACCGAGCUCAAGCAGCCACAGCCCCAAAUGCAGAAUAUCCUAUAUUCCGUCCGGGACGCCAAUACGGCAACUGGCUCAGAUCUUUUGUCCUGGAUCUCCUCCACAAGGGACAGAACUUCUUUGCAAAUGUCAUCUUCCCGCCAUUGUAUCGCGUCAUCAGGGUCAAGGACUUGCGUGUUGCCGAGUUCCUGCUGCCCUACCUGGUCGUUCACGUCAUUACUGGUGAUGAGAGCUCUGAAGUUCAGAGGAAGGAGGUUCUAGGUGAACUCCUUGGCAUAUUGAAAUACCAACCAGGGGGCGACGCCUCAUACGCGGAACGCGAGCAUAUGAGGAUGUUCUGUGAAGCUGUGUUUCGGGUGCUUGAUUACGCCAUGCGGUGGCUGCAACUAAAGUCGUCGAAGACAGGUUUGACCAAGGGCGAUACUCUGCAAAUAGCACGGAUCAAAGAGGUUCUGGACGCCAUUCCUGCCGAUCUAAUAUCCAGAAGAGCCGUCGAUUGCAAGCAGUAUGCGCGGGCCCUCUUCCACCUGGAGCCGUUCAUCUCGACAGUAUCACAGAGAGAGGUCACGCCUGAAGACGCCCACCGCCUGCUGGGCGAGAUUCAGUACAUCUACACUCAGAUUGACGAGCCGGAUGGACUCGAUGGGAUAACGGCGCAUCUGACCCUGUUUGACCUCAAUCAACAGGUGCUUAGCCAUCGAAAAGCUGGCCGCUGGACGGCAGCGCAGACCUGGUAUGAGGUUCAACUCGCCACGGAGCCACGGAAUAUCAAUGUUCAGCUUGACCUCCUUACUUGUUUGAAGGAAUCAGGCCAGUACGACGUUCUUCUUAAUCAUGUUGAGGGUAUGGAAACCACUACCGCGACUGUCAACAGGAUCGUGCCAUUCGCUGUGGAGGCGGCCUGGGCUACAGGUCGCUGGGAUGCCCUGCAGAAGUGGCUGUGGCAAUACAACGCCGGUGACAGCGCCGACAUCUUCAACUUGGGUAUUGCCCAGGCAUUGUUGAACCUCAAGAGCGGGAAAGUCGGCGACUUUUCAGACUAUCUUGUUUUGAUCAGGGACAAGGUUGCCGGCUCGCUCUCGUACUCGGGUACAUCGUCUUUGCAGGCGUCGCACGAUGCGAUGUUGAAAGCGCACAUCCUUACUGAUCUUGAGAUCCUUGUUCAAAGCCAAGUUUCGAGUAGCCCAACUGCCCGAGAGGCAACCCUCGCCACGCUCGAUCGGCGACUGGAAGUGUUGGGUGCUUACGUGAAUGACAAGCAAUACGUACUUGGUAUUCGCCGAGCGGCGAUGGAGCUCAUGAGGCCAGCGUUUAUGGAUGAAGACCUCUCCUCACUCUGGUUGACAACAGCACGCUUGGCCCGGAAAGCGGGACUGAUGCACCAAUCCUUCAAUGCUAUGCUUCAUGCAUAUAAACUCGGUGACGAAUCCGCCAGUGUUGACAAUGCACGGUUGCUCUGGAAAGAUGGCCACCACCGCAAGGCGAUACAGACUCUACAAAGCACAAUGAGCCGAGAUUUCCGCUUGAUACUUACAGACAGCUCAGGAGAGGUCACUCGUCGCUCAGGAGAGGUCACUCGUAAAGAGAUUGACCCGAUUGGGCGAAAGUUCCUCCUAGCCAGAACACAUCUCCUUCUUGCCAAGUGGUUGGACCACACCGGACAAGCAAACGCAAGCACCCUGCGGCAACAGUAUCAGCAAGCAGCGAAGCUCAAUAGUCAAUGGGAGAAGGGACACUACUAUCUUGGUCGCCAUUACAAGAAAGUUCUCGAGUCAGAGAAGGCCUUGAAACCGGACCAGCAGAGCGACGAAUACCUCAGCGGAGAGACUGCGAAGCUGGUUAUCGAGAACUACCUACGGUCGCUUACUUGUGGCACGAAAUACCUGUAUCAGACACUCCCCCGCAUCCUCACGCUCUGGUUGGAGCUAGGCUCACAAGUCGACAAGGCACCCGACGGUAAGGUGUCCCUGUCUCGAGAACUUCAUCAACGCAGAAAGGCACAACUGUCGGAGCUCCACAAGAACAUAUACAAGGCCGUGACAAGGAUACCUGCCUAUAUCUUUUACACUACCCUUCCACAGUUGGUAGCUCGCAUUGCGCACCCCAAUAUUGACGUGUUCAAAUUGCUGGAACACAUCAUCAUCAAGGUCGUCAAUCACCAUCCCAGACAGUCCCUCUGGAGUCUCUUUGGCGUCAUGACAACGAAACAACCCUCGGAACGCCGAACACGCGGCCUGCAGAUCCUGCACACGCUGAGAAACACGAACAAGAAGGCCGAAGCCGGGCAAUCAGAUAUCAGAGUCUUUCUCAGGAUGGGCGAAAAGCUUGCAGAGCAGCUCCUGCUCGCUUGCAACAAUGGCGACUUCCAGAGCAAUCGGACGACGGUUGCAAGCAUCACCCGGGAUUUGAAUUUCAAUCACAAGUGCACUCCAUGCCCGCUAGUGGUGCCUGUUGAGUGUUGCCUGACUGCGACUCUACCCACGCUCACAGACAAUGUGCAGAAACACAAAGCGUUCUCGGGCGACUUGAUUACCAUUGAUUCCUUCCUCGACGAAGUACUCGUUCUGGGCUCCCUGGCGAAGCCGAGAAAACUGACGGCCCGGGGGUCCGACGGGAAGCUCUACGCUCUCAUGAUCAAACCAAAGGAUGACCUUCGAACUGAUCAGCGGCUCAUGGAGUUUAAUGGGAUUAUCAACAGAUCAUUGAAGAAGGACGCAGAGUCGAGUAGGCGUCAACUCUACAUCAAGACAUACUCGGUCACGCCACUGAACGAGGAAUGCGGAAUCGUCGAGUGGGUGGAGGGGAUCAAGACGCUGCGUGACAUCCUUCUUGGACUCUACAAGACCAGGAAUAUCGCGCCCAAUUACGGCCAUCUUGCCCAGCUGAUGAAGGAAGCCAUCAUAUCCGAGAACAAUAUCAGGCUCUUCACAGAGUCUGUACUCGGCAUGUUUCCUGCCGUCCUCCCCUCCUGGUUUAUUUCACAGUUUCCCCAUCCGUCGGCGUGGUUCGCGGCACGGCUCAAGUACACCAGAUCCUGCGCGGUGAUGUCUAUGGUCGGCACCAUCCUGGGCCUUGGUGAUCGUCACGGCGAGAACGUCCUGCUGGAAGAAGGAAACGGCGGGAUCUUCCAUGUCGACUUCAACUGCCUCUUCGACAAGGGCCUCACUUUUGCGCAGCCAGAGCGUGUGCCCUUCCGGUUAACCCACAACAUGGUGCAAGCGAUGGGGCUGUACGGUUACGAGGGCCCGUUCCGGCGGUGCUCGGAGCUGACGUUGACCAUUCUACGCCAGCAGGAGGAGACGUUGAUGACCAUUCUCGAAGCGUUCAUUUACGAUCCGACCCUGGAUCUGCAGAAGGACAAGAAGCGGAAGCACGAGUUAGUCAAGCUGAACCCUCAGAGCGUGGUCGAGAGCAUCAAGCGUAAAGUUAGGGGGUUGAUGGGAGACGAGAGUAUCCCGCUAGGUGUGGAAGGCCAGGUCGAGGAGCUGAUCAAGCAGGCUGUGAACCCCAGAAACCUGGCGGCCAUGUAUAUCGGAUGGUGUCCGUUCUUGUAA